AUGACCAGCCGGGGCUCGAGCGGAGUGAGCCGGAGGCCUGGUCGCCGUUCCUUUCCUUUCUUCUUGCGGAAUGAUCAGAAGAAAUGGAACGGGCGGCCCCUUGCCAGCUCCGCGUGGGGAUCGCGAGCCGCUGAACCAGGCAAUGCGCAGAGCGACAGGAAAACCGACCCGCCAACACGCGGCCAUCAAAGCACACUCCUGGAGUUCUUCAAUCGGGGAAGUCAGCGGGCCCCGUCCGCGGCUGGUCUCAUGCGUUCCUCUUCAGAGCCUGGCGAACGAACCGAGCCAGAGCCUCGCAGCAACUCCGGCGUCGGCGAGGCGCUGCGCGUGAGAAGAAGCGAAGCGUAUGCUUGUCAGGCGACAGAGUGCUGUGUGGUAAGUCGGCACAGCGAUGGAGAUGCUUUCUGCGCCAACUUCGCCGUGUCAACCCACACCACCCCCCAAGGGCCCCCGGAAGUCAUCCUACUUUCCAGCGACGACGACGAGGCGAUCAUCCCGGUCGCAGUCGACGCUCCCUGUCAACCCUCCACACAAACAAGCUCUUUCGCCGUCGAUCUCUCGUGGCACGCGAAUGAGGGCUCGUCGCACCCUUCGCGUGCUGCCAAUGUUCGUGAAGGACCUCGAGACCCGAGACACACAACCGAUCGCGGAAAACGGGUUACGCGCCCUCCGGGCGACCAUUCGCCGGCGCCUGUCUGCAACGAAGGCAUUUCUCUAUCUAUGUUAGCGAGGCCGAGUCGGUCGCGCUGUACGAGCAUGCCAGACAGUCGCGCAGCAAACUCUGUGGAUGCUAGCUCGCGUCGAGAGGAGCUUCGAGGGAGGAAUGUCUGCGACGGGGCUAGUGGCGCUGUAUCGCCGUCGUUGGUCAUCCCCGGCGGACCUGCCUACGUAAAUGGCGCAGCGCCGCCUGUCGGUCUCGCCGCGUCAAGUACGGUCGGAGUGGAGGCGCCCGGUGUGUUCGUUGCCUCCUGCGAGAUGUCGCCCCUCGAGCGCUCACAGUUCGGCACGGAAAGGAUAGCAGAGACGGCGGCGAUGGAAGCUCCCGCUGCGCCGUGUUCCAGCAUGAGUCACCCUCUGCGUGGGCGAGGCCUCGCCUGCGCGACAGAGGAUGGCCAUGCAGAAAGAGGGACUGCGCCGAAUCGUGCCGAUACUCCUGCGUGUGUCUGCGGAUCGGCUGACUCGCAGCCGACCUCCGGAGAACGCAGUGCAGAUGCGGGCCCCGCGUGGAUGUGGAACUUCGCGGCUCCGGUCUACGCGUGCCUCGAGGCGAGCUGCACCUUCAACGCGCAUCUCUUCUCUCCCUCCGAGAGGCGCGACCUGCGCCGUCUCGCCCGCCUGCUUGCUUUGCCGCUCAGCGAGUCAAACCAGCCGGGGAUGGGUGACGAAGAGAGCGACUGCGCGGCCAGACGCGUUCGCGGCAGCCCCGCUGAAGACGCCGCAGCGACGCCGAACCUGCAGGAGGAGCCCGCGCCCGAAGGAUCUCGCGAGCUGUCUCCAGGGGCGCGGCUGCUGCUCUGUCGACUGCUCCUUCAGUUUAGCCGCACCCCGCGAAGGGAACUCGAACUUCACAACUUCGCACAAAACGGCAACGGCGAGGGCGACGGCGGCGCGGCGCCAAACACGAUUCGAGAGCCCGACGUGUCUGCGGGCCACACUCGCUCCGCGCCGCCGGCGCCGUGGCUGCGCCUUGCGGCUCUGCUGAAGAGGAGUAAGAGAGAAGUUGCGGAUCCCCAGGCCGCCCUCCGCGAGCUAAGAGGCGCCGGCCUGCUGGGGAUCUGGGUCAGUACGCGCGAUUUGCAGGUGCUGGACGAGGCAAAUCAGAGGGAUGGGGCGAGUGCAUGUCCUGCGGGCGAUGGAGGAGCCAGCUGCAAAGUGGAACUUCCGGGGGGGCCGUGCCAGAUCGGAGCCUCAGCAGGGUCGAUCAGCCAGGGCCCCUUGAAGCCCAUCAAAAGUCACUCUGAUCAACGCGCCGCCCAGGGAGCGUCUCAAUCUAGUACUGUGUGCGCAGAGGCAACGGCGUCUGUCGCGGGCAGCGCACCGUUCCAAGGCGCCGCGCCCAGCGCGGGAAUCGAUGCACGCGAGGCUCCGACAGGAAGGGCCGAAACUGGUGGAGCGGUUACCUGCUUCUGCAAAGAGAGAGAGGCCUCCUGUUUCUCUUCGCACAGUGCAGCGGCUGCCACUUUGACGGACAGCCUGAUCGCGGCGCUUCACUGUUUGACCGCGCCCGAGCUUCAGCGCGUCGUGACGGAGGUUGAAGCCGCGGUGUCGUCUCCGGGCGCCGGUUCCGCCUCGUCUGCUCAGUUUGCAGACUUUGCCUUCUCGCCGCUGGCGGCGCGCCUUCGGCGCCUGCUGCCGCCCAACCGGCAGGCGCUGAGACACUCCCGGGGCGAGCGUGUGGGGCCGGCUUUCAAGCGCCGCCUAGACUGCCUCCGCUUUCUAUGUCUGGCUGCCGAAAUCGCCUUGGCUUCACACCGCAAAGCGCAGGGAUUCGACGGCGGCCUCCUGGCCUCGGCGCACUGGGAGCCGACGCUUCAUCCAGCACCGGCGCCUGGGGGGGGCGGCAGAACCGCAGCCUCUGAGUCGUUGAAAAUGAGGAAACUCACUCACUUCUUCAAGCCUGCGUCCUCACCCGGGUCAUCGCAAGGCCAACCCAAAAACAGCGAAUCAACUGCCGCGGCAAAGGGCAACGGGGCAACAGCCUCGUCACCGCUGCGCCAGAAGAGAGAACAGCCAGGUCUGCGUGACGCAAGUACCCUACAGGAGUUGCGGCGCGCUGCGCCGUCGGAUGAACAUGCUCCUCCGAGCGGGCACGCGCUACGGGAGCCUGCAGAGGCGGACAUGGGCUUGUCCGCCCGCACACCGGGCGAAGGAUUUCUUGAAAUGUUGAAGGAGAUUCUUUUGAGCUGCGUAGGACCGCUUGCGUCCUUCCCAGACGCAGACAUGCUGCGCGCGUGGCUGGUGGCCUUCUUCUCGUUUCAUGUCGUCCACAGCGCCUUCCUCAACUUCACGACGCGCAGCGCGCCGCCCGCGUCUGUGCUGUGGACUAGCCGCUUUCGCCCCGGCACUUUUCUGUGUGGCUAUAUGGCGCCUUUGGAUGGCGACAACCAUGCGGAAGACAGGGAGCUGCGUGCAUACGAGGCCGCGGAGACGGCUCGACGGCACCAAGCAGAGGAAACCGUCUUCAGCUUGGUUUCCGCCGUUGUGGCGCCCGCAGUCACGCGCCUCUCUGGACUCGUAACGUACCAGCUGCAGCUCCAAAGGCGCCAGCAAGGACCUGCGGAAGCGGCUCAGCCCGAAGAGGAUCCUCACGAAGCGGACGCGGACGCCAACGCAGUUGAGGGCGACGCUGAGGACGAAAGCGAAGAACCGAGCGAGCUGAGCUCGCCGGCGCCCUCGCGACGGCAGACUCGUUCCACAUACGAAGAAGGCGCUUCCCCGGAGCGCGCCGGCGAACAGCAGGUGCUUGGCAUGGCGACAUCUUCUCAGGAGGCGUCGCGCGCUGGAGCGAGCACGAUAGAGGAAACGGGAACUCGGGAGGGGGGAUCGCCACCCGAUAACCUAUCCACCGCGAGCCUCGAUCUCUGUGGCGCGUGUGGGCGGCGUCGCGCUUCGCGCGCGCCUCGAUACACACAGCUGGAGGUUCCUCCUCUUCGGUGUGUCUGCUGCUGCUGCGAGUACGGCAGGACCGUUCAGCCGGUGUUCCCGUCGCGUGCCGCUCUCUUCGUCUAUGCCGCGGCGCUGCUGCAAAAGUGGCGGCUAGCGGCCUUCCUCUGGGGCGGCAUCGCCCCCUCGUCUCCCGCGAGAGGUCCGGAGGAAGACCUGACAGAAACCGCGGUGCUCGCCAUCGUGGCCGCCGCGGCUGAGACGCUGCGAGUGCAUGUGCAGCAGCAGGAGAGCUUGCUGUACAGACACUUGAGCGAGAGUCUCUCGAAACGCGACGGAGAGCCCGGCGCAAACGCAGGACGAGAGGCUCCGGGGAUCCUGAGGAGGCGCGUUGAUGAAAUCGAUCGCCCUGAAGGUGACACCACGGACGACGGUGCUGCCGAAGACCGAGGCGGAACCUCUACGCGCCGCACGCGGAUGCGGCGACCGUGUCUGACAGGAGACACAGAGCGAGGCGCGACGGGCGAGGCACCUGCGGAGUCGUCCCGUUUGAGAGAGGCGCUGCUGGCAGCUUCGCCGCCCUCCAAGCUCGUCCGGUUCACUCCGCACUACGUGUGGGCGGCGACUGUCUCUCACGGUCUCGAACUGCUUGAGCAGACAAAGCGCCACCAGCAGGCCGUGGAGCUCCUGCGGCUGCUCCUUCGUUUCCACGAUUUGCAGCAGCAUCUGGCGCACUGCGUUUCUCCGGGGCGUGAAGGAGGUCUCCUGGCCGCCUGGCUCCUUCGCGCGCCCGCAGCUGGCGAGGAAGGGGCCUCCGGAAGCGACCGGCAGACGUGCGCGGCGGCUUGUCGCCCAGAUGCCGUCGGGGAGGCGCUGGCGACUGACGAUGAUCCUGCAGGGCGAGACGCCUUUCGGCGUUUCCUUAAAGAUGCCCUUCGGCAGGAGCCCGCACGCUGUCGCGCCCUCUCGCGGCGCGCAGGCCAGUGGUACAACCGGCUGAUGGUUUUGCUCAAAGUUCACCUCAAGCGUCCGCUAGAGGCGCUCGUGGCUGCCGUCGACUGCCUGCGCGAGCCGCUGGGCGCGGUGCCUCUCGCGGAGCGCUUCGAGGUCGGCAAGCGCGCCACUGCCCUCGCCAAGACCCUCGCCCUCGCCGCGGACAAGCAGGUGAAAAAGCAACUGCGGGAGACUGGGCGCAGAGCGGCGCUCGCUGGCCGCGCAGGACGCGCGAGGCGCCCCGGACGCAGAGCGGCAGCCCCCGACGGAGAGAGCGAGAGGGACGCGGAAGUCGGCGGUGCCGGCGACAGGCUCCCAACGUGCUGGAACGACGUGCUGCAGCGUGUGGGGCGGCCGGCGGAGCGCCACGGCCCUCCUCUCCCCGGGGCGGCCCCCCGCGCGAUGCCGGCGCGCUCUGAGAGAGAACGCGACGCGCGGGCGGCUCCCCCAGAGGACGUGGAAUCACGAGACCGCGCCUGCACUGAAGCGAACCGAGCAGGCUCGCGCGCGGCCGCCGGCGGAAGUUCGAAGAGGCGCGCGCGCUCGCCCCGCUCCCCGCCAGAGGAGGUUGCCGCCGCUGGGGUGUGUGACGAGGGGGCCGGAGGCCUUCUCGUGGACGGAAGGCCGCCACAGGCGACUGCCUUGCCUCCGUGGACGCGGUUUUUUCCGCGCGAUGUGCACGCGAGGCUGCUGGAGACGGAAGUGCACCAGCGGGUCAUCGAGACGGAGCUGCCACACACGGUUGUCUACGCGAGGCCGCUGGAGGCGAGUCAGCAGUCCGGAAAGAGCAGCGUUUUCUUCGGCUGGGACGGGCAGCUCCUCAGCGUUGAGGAGCUCUGCCUACAGAACUACGCCAUGACCGGCGACUGGCGCGGCUUCCACGACGAAGGUCGGAGCCUCCGCACGCUUUUUCGUCUCCUGAUGCUUGACAUGCACAUGAGAGAAGGCGACGUGUGCACGCGAGGCAGCCGAGCCCAGGUGUCGGAGCCCGCGCGAGGGAAGCCGCCGGCUGGAGAGGGCGGCGAGUCACGCGACGGCGGAAGCAGAUCCGCGGAGCUUGAGAUCGAAGCCCUGUGCGGCGCGGGGGAGGAGGGGCGAAGCCGCGAGACGAUCUGGGAGGGAUCCGCGGACGACCCAGUGCAAGCCGAGCUAUCCCAGACGCAUCGGGCGGGCACGAGCGGUGACGCACAUGACUACGGGGAGGCCACCGCGACGCGACAGGAAACAAAACGGCGGGAUGGACGCGAAAAAGCGAGGAGCUUCGUUUCGAUUGUCUUCUUGCCGCCGGCGGACCCCCUCGCGCCCGCGUGGCUUCCUGGAGCGCAGGCAGGGGGAGGCGAAGAGGCGCCACAGACAGAGGCCUACUCGCGGGACGCGGCACAGGCCCGAGAGACCGACCCAACGCUCGAAGAAGACGGCAGUCAGUGCGCCGCUUCUCCACUCCCGGAGGCGGACAGCGCGUUCUCGUCGCUGGGCGACGCGGUGGCGAGGAGAGAGCGACAGGUUCAGAAGCAGCUGGAAGCGCUGGGCAACGCGUCCAGACGCGAGGUCGCCGACCUAGCAGGCGGCGCAGUCCGCCGGCUGUUUGGCAUGCGCGUGCCGGGCGUAAGUUGGCGGGGGCCCUGGCAAGAGAGAGAAGAGGACGAAGAGGCGGGCGAGCGGCCCGCGGACGCUGCUGGCGACGUGCCGCGGUCGGCGCAGUCCGAAGAGCAGGCGAGUCUGCGUCGAACGGAGCAGAAGCCGGGGAGUCGCACAGAACGGCUCGGGGACGCCCGCGAUCCACACAGCAUGAGACCCGCCCAGGUUUCGUCUGAGGCUGUACAGGAAAGAGACGCUGACGGAGAGCAGUCUGAAGAGGCGGCCGCACACGCGGAUCCGAACGCCCGCGGCGGCAAUGACGCGGCGGCAACGUUCGAUACAGACGGCCCUUCACGCGGACUUCGAGGCUCUGCUGGGCCGGGGAGUGAUUGCGUUCUCGCAGGGGCGAGCGAACCAACCGCGCGCCUCCAGCGCGCAGCAGAGCGGGAGAAGGCGAGAGAGGCAUGCGCUCAGUUUUUCUCGAUGCUGGCGUAUGGCAUCGGAGGCAAAGGACUCAGCGAGGCGUUCCGCCUUCUCUCUGAGGACUUCGCUUACUGGGGGGGAGGCCUGCCAGACUUGCUGCUGUGGCGGCGCCCGUCUGCGCACCCGCAGAUGCGAAGCGAGGCGUCCGGCUCGUCGGCCGAAUACCGUAGCCAGGAAGGGGCCUCGGGGGACCCUGAGGCUGAGAAGGCCGGCUCCGGCGCUGACAAGGCGAGCGGUGAUGCAUCCCCAACCUCUCUAGGAGAGAUCCUUUUCGCCGAAGUCAAGGGGCCCCGUGAUCGUCUCUCGGAGAAGCAACGGUGUUGGCUGGCGCACCUUCUCCGCGCGGGCGUUCCCUGCGAGGUUUGCAAAGUCCUUCCCCCGUCGCUCGCCUGCAACGACCGCGGCGUGGGCGUCAAGGCGCUUUCGCGGAACGAAAAGGGGCGACGCACAGCGGACGACGGUGCCCCAGCGACGGGGGAAGCGGGUUGGAAGACUCUCUGCGUCUCCGUGGCCUCAUCUGACGGCGAGACCGUCUCGCAAGACGCAGACGUGUCUGGGAGCCUCACGCCGAGCGACGGGCCGCAGCGCAAGACGGCUCACACACUGGGUCUCGCCCAAGAGUCAGAGUCUCACGAGGGGGUUGAGGAGGAGCUUCAGGUCUCCCAGAGGGAAGCAACAGCAGUUGAAGACGAGCGCACCAGGCUCAGGUCCUCACGCGUGUCCGUCAAUCUCCAGAGAAACACGAAGCGCGACAGAACGAGCUCGCGCUCUUCUGAGGCGCGGCAGCCGUCGCCGGGCUCUCCCUCGAAGGACUCCGAAAAAACUGAGGGGGGCGCGCGAGCAAGAAAGACUGCGGAGGGGCCUUCACAAGCGCAUCGCGCUGCCCCAGUAAACCCGUCAAGACGAGACGAGGAGAGUCUGGAGGAGACUGGGGUGAGGCUCUCCACUCGGGAAGGCGGCGGGAGCAACCGACGGCGAGCCUCCGCCGGAUCGCGUCAGAAGGGGCAGAGAGGAGCAACAGCGAAGGGCUUGCCGCGAGUGAGAGUCAGGGCCGAGUGGGAUGAGCAUGAAGCAGACAAAGUCGAGGCCCUCUGCCGGAGGCUGCGGAGAAAGGGCAGGUGA